CCUUGAACCAGUCCGUCGCUCGGCCGCUAGUGGCGCUUGGCUAUAGUUAUCGAUUCAAACGAGAAAACUAGUCUCAGACGCAGCUUACGUAGUUUAUACGCCUCAAAGGAAAUGGCUAGAACCCAGAAAUAUGUCCUCUGUACAGGGUCAGCUCUCGUUCAUCAACCAUAGGUUGUGAAAGCUCGUGGUGUGUUGGCUGUGGCAGCUCUAUUUCGAUUCUUGUUCGAGGUAUUCGACUGCGAAGGAUUUCUUAUCAGGCGGCAGUACAAGGUGCACAGUUUCCAGUCAGUGUACCUGUUUGAUGCAACACGAGGAAGGGUAGCCGGUAUUCAGAAUGGAGGAGGAAUGUAUGGUUGAUGAAAGUGGGAUAAAGACGAUCGUCCCAACAGCCGCUAGUGACUUCUCGAUUGUUAAACGCAGCAAAGCGUGGUACAUGGUGGCACUUAUGUCGCUAUGUUACGGCAUAGGAGAACUGUCACAUUUUCUUGUAGGCACUACCAGUCGGGUCAUGUCGCAAGAUCUUGAAUACGGUGAUCAAAGUUGUCUGAGAAACUCAUCUAUUCCGGAGCAGCUGGGUGGUGGCAACACGACAUGCUCAGAGUACCUACAACAAGAAACGUGUGACAGUGUGCUGACGAAUUUAACCAAUGGUAGUUCUAUUUGUCAGUGGGAUUAUAAUGGAAUGGGAAUCGAAUAUCAAAUCCUUGCUGGCCCAAGUUUCAUCCUCGCAUUCAGCAUAGGUGGAUUAUUAAUUGGUGCGCUUGCGGAUCGAUACAACCGAGUGGUGAUCUUAGCAACCAGUACCAUCGUUUUCAGCGCGUGUACGGUAGUGAUGGGCACUGCACAAGAAGUUUGGCAGUUAAUUUUCCUCAGAUUUGGAGUGGCUUUCGGAGAAUCCGCCUGUCAGCCUGUGUCAGCCAGUCUAGUGAUGAGCCUUUUUCCUCAGUCAUUACACGGUGCUGCCCUUGGACUGGUUAAUUGGGGCAUUUAUUUUGGUUAUGGUUUAAGUUAUGUGGUUGGCAAUUAUAUACCUCCGUUGGACAUCCUCGGUCAAGGAUGGCGAUGGGCUUAUUAUUUGAGCGGAAUUCCAGGAUUUUUGUUCGCAGCUUUGCUGUUAUUAACGACUUCUGAUCCGCGCAGUUUAGCUGCCUCGAAGAAAGAUGACAUUUUGCCAUUGGAAGCUGAACGAAGUUCAAAAAAAGAUAAAGAAAUUGAAUCAAAGUCUAUUUGCAACACUGCUUGGAUCAACCUGAGCUUCUUCCUCCAUCCAUUUGUUAUUUUGCUUUGCCUUGGCGCCUGUUUCAGACAUACCGCUGGAUUUUCCUGGGCUUACAACAGCCAGCUCUACUUUGACUACUAUUAUCCUGGCACAGAUGUGGGUAUGUGGCUUUUCUCGGUGUCCAUUGUGGGUGGUUCUAGCGGAAUUUUGAUUGGCGGGGCUGUAUCGGACCGAAUCGUGAAACGGACAGGACUUCAUGCUCGGGCUUGGGUUUUGGCAGCAAGCCAGACAAUAGCAAGUCCAUUUGCAGCUGGUGUAUUGCUCCUGCCACCGCCUUAUUGUUUUGCCUCCCUGCUGAUCGCCUAUCUUUUCGCCGAAAUGUGGUUUGGUGUUCUUUUCGCCAUUCUGAUCGAAUUGGUACCAGCGUCGGCUUGUUCCUUCGUUAUCGCCGUUUUUCUCUUCGUUAUGAACAACGUGGGAGGUAAUGUACCGGUUAUCAUCACUCCCAUAAGUAAAACGAUGGGUUAUAGGGAGACUCUCUUGUUGUUUUAUCCAGGAUUUUUCUUGAUAAGUGCCGCCCUUUUUGGUAUAAUGGGGAUAGCCUUGCGGAAAUCGAAUAUUGAUCGCAAAAAUUCUCAAUCCGUGGUCCAAAAAUGUGAAUCUUAAUGAAUUGCUAAAAAAAUUACAAGGCCUGAAUCGACA